GUUUACGUUGAGAUCGAGAUGCUCACAACAAAGGAGCGCCUCGCGCGCGGAGGGAGACGCCGUGACUUCAAACAACGUUUUAUUUUCUCUCCCCGCGAGCGUUUGGAGCGCGUGCCUGCUUUUUUAUGCGCCAGGCCUUCAUGUGGCCUCGCUGUUUUUUAUUUUUGAUUUUAUAGCCACCGGAUUCGGUUCUGGGAAUUAACGGGAAUCCUUUUUUUGUGCGCGCGUGUGUGCGUGUGCCGGUGGGACGUUUAGCUAGCUGCCGCAGCCGUUGGAGCCGCUGCUGGAAUCCUCCGGAGCCACGGGCGCGCGGGGCCGACACCAGCAUCCGUACCGCGGGCCGACCACAGACGAGCACAUGACGCCUGAGGCGCCGGAGCCCAGCCUCAGCUGACCCCUACCCUUCCGCCUCCCCGCCCCGCCCCUUCUGCUGCAUCCUGUCCUCGUUCGGCCUCACCUGUCGCUCCUCACCUCCUCUGAAGCUCCGCCCACCCUUCCUGAUGUACUCCCCCGAGCAGGAAAACAUCUCCACCUCCUCCUCCACCAAAGUGCCAGUGAAGUACGGAGAGCUCAUCGUGCUGGGGUACAAUGGCUCUCUGCCCAACGGCGACCGAGGCCGCCGCAAAAGCCGCUUCGCGCUCUGCAAGAGACCGAAAGCAAACGGCGUGAAACCGAGCACGGUUCACAUCGCCUGCUCCCCGCAAGCAGCCAAGGCCAUAAGCAACAAAGACCUGCACAGCAUCUCCUACACGCUGUCCCGCGUCCAGACGGUGGUGGUGGAGUACACGCACGAGAGCAAUACGGACAUGUUCCAGAUCGGCCGCUCCACGGAGAGUCCGAUUGACUUCGUGGUGACGGACACGGUGGCGGGCAGCCAGAGCAACGCCGACACGCAGUCGGUCCAGAGCACCAUCUCCCGCUUCGCCUGCCGCAUCCUGUGCCAGCGCACGCCGCCUUACACCGCCCGCAUCUACGCCGCAGGCUUCGACUCCUCCAAGAACAUCUUCCUCGGGGAGAAAGCUGCUAAGUGGAAGACGUCCGACGGUCAGAUGGACGGGCUGACCACCAACGGCGUGCUGGUCAUGCACCCGCGCAACGGCUUCACGCAGGACUCCAAGCCCGGCGUCUGGAGGGAGAUCUCCGUCUGCGGGAACGUCUUCACGCUGAGGGAGACGCGCUCGGCGCAGCAGCGGGGGAAGAUGGUGGAGACGGAGUCUCACGAGCUGGUGGACGGCUCGCUCAUCGACCUGUGCGGCGCCACCCUGCUGUGGCGCACGGCCGAGGGCCUGUCGCGCACCCCCACCCUGAAGCACCUGGAGGCGCUGCGGCAGGAGAUCAACGCGGCGCGGCCGCAGUGCCCCGUGGGCUUCAACACGCUGGCCUUCCCCUCCAUGCGGCGCAAGGACACGCCGGACGAGAAGCAGCCGUGGGUCUACCUCCAGUGCGGCCACGUGCACGGAUACCACGACUGGGGGAACCACCGGGAGGAGCGGGAGGGCCGCGAGGGCCGGCUCAGGGAGUGCCCCAUGUGCCGCGCCAAGGGGCCGUACGUGCCGCUGUGGCUGGGCUGCGAGGCGGGCUUCUACGUGGACGCGGCGCCGCCCACCCACGCCUUCAACCCCUGCGGCCACGUGUGCUCGGAGAAAACGGCGGCCUUCUGGAGCCAGAUCCCGCUCCCGCACGGCACGCACACCUUCCACGCCGCCUGCCCCUUCUGCGCGCAGCAGCUGAGCGGCGAGCACGGCUUCGUCAGACUCAUCUUCCAGGGACCCGUGGACUGAGCUCCCAGCAUGCUUUGCAGAAUAAAAACUGAUCCCAGAUCUCUUUCUUCUGGA